GAGAAUUGUCCAGUCACUAUCCAUUAAUGUUACUCUCUUUUAACAAACGCGCCGGCGCUGUCUCCAAAAAGUUGUGUGAUAAUCGCAAAUGAAAUCGGAUGAAAGUAGAAAGUCCAGUUCGGAAGUUGCUGAGCUCUUUAGCGCCAUUGCCCGUCGUGAUCCAUCUAAGCGACAAAUAAAACCCGUUAGUACGCCGCAGUUAAGUCUUCUUGAUGAAUGGGAAGAUGAAAGUGAUAGCGAAUUCGUCUGUGAUGAUCCGGAAGACAGUGAUGAUGCUGAUGAAAGCGUUUCGGGUAGUAGCCCUUCCUCUUCAAAUGGAGAGUCUUCUGGUUCUUCAGACGAUGUGGAUAAUUCUAGUGGAACUAGCUCUUGCGACGAAGCACCGAAGCCGGCAGUUUCUGAUACUGCCCAGUCCGCAAAUAUCGAUGCAACGUAUAAAUCUAUGGAUGUCGACAGUUCUAUUGAAUGCACACAUCAGGAUGCAUUCAAUGUCCAUGCCUGUCCGCUCUUGUCGAACAUGGAGUCAAUGGCACCUAAAGUUGCAUCGCUCAGCAAACCUUCUGUCGACCUAUUGGUAUGUCUGAUUUGCCUGGGCGACAACAAUGAUCCCAACGACGAGCUGAUCGAAUGCGACGGCUGUGGCAUUGUUGUCCAUGAAGACUGCUACAAAGUGAUCGAUUCGAUCUUCCUCUCCAGCGGUGCCAGCUCCUCAAGUACAGACGCCUGGUUUUGUGAACCAUGUUUGGCUGGUGAGUAUGCGCCGCACUGUGAACUAUGCCCUAGCAUCACAGGAGCUUUCAAACGAACAGACAACAAUCGCUGGGUACAUCUCUUAUGUGCGUUAUACACACCUGGAGUCGCUUUCAAUGAUCCGGAAAAUCUGAUGGAUGUUACCCUAACGGAACUUGCUCCAAAAGUUUGGUCUAUGCAUGAAUGCUCUCUGUGUGACGAGCGCUUCUUCGCUUGGACUGGUGUGUGCAUUUCUUGUGAUGCUGGUCUGUGCCGCACUUUCUUCCACGUUACUUGUGCACAAAAGCACGGACUCCUGUCCGAACCGGUAGUGGAUGAGAAUGCAGCUGAUCCGUAUUUUGCUCACUGUCGACAACAUACUGAUAAGACAAUUGCCCGCCAAAGACGGCGCAAUUACUUGACCGCCGCCAGCCGGUUGCGAUCAAAAAAUGAUGCCCACACGAACCGCAGUUUGAUCGCAACUAGUCAAAUGGGUUUGGAGCCUCGCCUUCAACGCAAACUGGAGCAUUUUCGGACUCUGUACUUGGAGUUACUCAGUAUCCGAGAAAAGCCUUACGGACCGUGUUUCCUCGUUGAGAACGGUAAGGAAUCAUUAGGACUUCAGUUUGACACGGUUUUUCUCAAUUGCACAUUCACCCCCAUUAGUGUACUAUUAGAGUCGGCCUGUGACUACUUUUUCGAUUCGCUGGAAGUUUCCGUCCAGUUGGAAGCCAUUAUACAGAAGCGUGCAGAUCUACGCUCCAAAUUUCUCCAGAUUCUUCUCUGCAUUCAGCACUUCUGUCCGGAACUAAAACCGUCGGUUUUCUUGGAGUCGGCGCUUGAAGAGUCCAAUCGGCCUUCUGAAUUGAACGUGAAGUCGAGAACAUCCAGUGCAAUGAGAGCCCACAUUCGAGACCAUUUGCGCCCUCACCGUGCUUUUGUUCCUCGUCAAUCGCAGCACAGGCCAGUUACAUCCGGCCCUACUUUGCCAAAGGGUGUCAAACGAACGUUGUCAACUUCCCGAUGGGUUGUAACUCAACCUACUCCCACUGUAGGAGUAGAGAAGCUUGGUGACGCGGCCCAUGUUGACGUGAAGAUGAAUCCGUCAUCCUCCCCCGAAAACGUCAUUCUAGGGUGCUCCAUCUGUAAUGGACUCCAGGAUCAGCAUCUAAUCACAAAGUGUGACACUUGUGGCAAAGGUUUCCAUUUGGCAUGCCUGGAUCCUCCUUUGCUGCGUAUGCCAAAGCGUACCAGACUCUAUGGCUGGCAAUGUUCAUAUUGUACUAAGGCGGUGGCUGCAAAUACCGAGGUGAUUGAAGUUGACGUCAACGCCCCUCGUCAAUUGCGCCGAUCUAUGAACAGUCUUUCGGGAUCGUCAGCUGCUACAGUUACUCAGCAAUGCAACCUCUCAAAAGCAGCUUCCCCGGAAUCUAAGGAUUUACAGAAGGAAAGCUCCGCUUCCCUAGCGUCGGAAUUGGGAUCACUCGAUUGUAGUGUACCAUCCGCCGAUCUGGAUUCACCCACUGUGGUCAUUCGGCGUCGGGGCCGCCCGUUAGGGAGCAAACGCAGCGUGGUUCAUUCUUCCAUGAGAACAUCAGAUCGCUUUAGAAGCCCCGUGGCCCGUUCUCGAUGCUGUCCUGCUCGUAACCGAUCUUCGGGGCGUCGCCCUGCUGUUCCUCAUUGCAAGGGUCGGGUACAACAGCCUCAGUCUCCUCAUUCCGCUUCGGUGUCACCCGGCACACAGCUGUCAACACAACCUACUAUUCUGGUCACUCAGCUGGAUCAAGCUCCUCGAUCGAGUGGGUUGGAGGCUGGGAAGUUUGAUGCCUAUGAAUAUGUCGCUAAUGUGAGCUCAGAUGAUGACCUGUCUCAUCGACACACUUCGAAAGUCAUCAAAUUUGUACAGAUUCGUGACCACAAUCAAAACGGUGAUUCUGAUCCUGUUGAACAAAUCGCCCCGCUGCACAUGCGUUACAUGAUCUGCCGGGAUUCCGUUGGGUAUAACCAAAAGAAAUCGAUUGCGGAACGAUUUCGUAUGCGGUUGAAGAAGCUAUGA